AACAGAGUGACUUUCAAUUUUAUUUUUCCAAUUAUAAGCUAAACUGUGAUGCAACAAUGCUUUGGUUUAGGAAAAAUGCGGCACUUUCAACCUAUCAAGUCUAUAUGGGGACUUGCAAAAUUUAUUUCUCACAACACAUUCAAAGAGGCCUCUAACGGAUACCUUGUUGACGACAAAUGCGUGCUUGGAGCAGAGAUAUUCAUCGUCCAAAGGCAAGCAAUUGGUGAAUGUUUGUCUAUGGUGAAAUCUACUGACUCAUUUAAGCGAGAAUGGAAGAUCUGUAAUUUCUCCAAGCUUGGUGAAAAUUGGGUUUCUGAAGAAUUUACUGUGGGAGGUUACAAAUGGAAGCUCUCGUUGUAUCCAAAAGGCAAUGCAAACAAUAAGGGAUGUGAUAUUUCAAUAUUUCUAAAAUCUGUUGAUGCUAAGGACUUUGAUCACCAUGAAAAAGUGAAGGUAAAUGGCAGCAUAAACCUCAAAGAUCAGACAAAUGGUGGAUGCAAAAAGCUAUCUUAUUGUAUUUGGUUUUCAACUACCACACAGAGUUGGGGUUUUCCAGGUUUUAUGCCUUUAACUCAGUUGUGUGAUCAGAAAAAAGGCUAUUUUGUCAAUGACUGUUUGGCUGUCUUGCAUUCAUUAGUUAGAGGUGAACACUCAGCGCGGCUCAAUGUUAUUGGAGAAGUUGUCAAUGCCCAUUUUGUAUCCAAUUAG